GCCGCCAUGGAGACCAUGACCUUCCCCCGCUACAGCCCCGACGACAUCAUCAGCUACCUCCGCUCGCACGUCCUGGAGGGAGCCGAGGCCCGCAACCUGGUCAAGAGCGACGUGUUUGGCAACCCCAAGCUUGAAGUUUUACACCUGAUUUACCUGAGAAUCCUGCAGAAAGUGUGUGGAAUCCGACUGGUGCACGCCUACAUGAUGCCACUCAGCGUUGAGAUAAUGUACCCACAGAUCCAUGAAGGCUUUCUACCUGUCUGUAAUUUGUAUAUUCACAUGGAGCACUUGCUGCCGAUGUGCAGGAUUAGUGACUUCCAAUUCGCUGAUGUUUUAAACCCAAAGACAAAGAGGACUGUUCGCUUCCUGAGUGGCAUCCUCAACUUUGUGAACUUCAGCGAAUUCCGGCACGAGGCCUACUUGGAGCUACAACUGAGCUAUAAAUCAGAUAUGGAGAAAAGCCAACACCUGGAGGCUGCGAAUCAGGAGGCAGUGCUGAAGCUGGAGAAACUGAACACAGUCCCAUUUGAACAUGAGGCAGAGAUCAAGAAGCUCACAGAGAGCAUUCGAGAGCUGGAGCAGCUGCUAAGGCAGGACUAUCACCGGAAACAAACAGCUUUGCAAGAAGUGACUUCUCAAAAGAAGACUGAUAUUGCAGAGGGAACCCAAAAACUGAAUGAGUGUAAAGUGUCUAUAUCUACUUUGAAAGAAGAACAGGAACAGCUGAAAUCCAAAAUUCUGAGGAAUCCAGAAGAACAAAAAACUGACAAUGAGCUGAUGAAAGAAACUAUUAAGAAAUUGAAGAGAUCUCAGAAAGCAGUUACUGAGAAAUAUGAAGGUUAUAGAGAUAUAGUUGAGGCUCUGCCAUCAUGGAAAGUGGAACUGCAGUUAUACCAAAACAAGAUGGAAAUACAGGAAGCAAAUGUGGAGAGACUUGCCAGUAUAUUAUCAGAGGCCAGAAAUCUGGAGAAUCAAUUUGAGAGUGCUCAGAUAGAGCUGAAAAAGGCCAAUACAGAUGAAAUGUCCCUAAAGAGAGCAGUCACUGCAAAACAUGAGAAGCUUGCUACAGCUGAGAUACAGCGUAAAAAGAUACAUGAAGAUAUUGAGCAGCAGCAGUGCACUGUGGUCGAAUUUUUUAACAAAGUCCAGGAGAAGAGGGGUGUUGUGUGUGACAAAGUUGUGGUCAUUCGCAAGGAAAUCAAACAGAAGAAGGACAAAAUUGAGCAGCUGAAGGAUGAUGCUGAAGCAAAAGCAAAAAAAGCCAAGGAAAUACGGCUGAUUUUAAAGGCUGUGUUGGACAAGUGUCACGAAUCUCUCCUUAAGGCAGUAAAGACUUCUGCAGCCUCAAGAGCAGAAAAAAUUAAUGAAAUAAGGGAAGGGCUGUUCAGCAUUCAGUCUUCUGGAAGUAGUUCUUGAGCCUGUCUGCACUUGUGUUCCACUUCCAUUAUGUUUGUUGCUCAUACCUGAACUCGAGAGCUUCUGCUUUGCAUGGGAGGGAUAAUAAUUCCAGGCAAAUCCAGCUUCCUCAGAAACCAUGUCAGAACACGUUCAGCUUUCCAGGCUGAUCCUGGUGUCACGAGCUUGCUGAUAUGGAAAAGACUCAGUUUCUUGUUGUUUCAGUCAGCACCUGAUUUUAGUGGUAAUAUUGCAAGUCUUGCUAACACCAAACUGCUCAGCAUUUCAGACAGAACCCUGCAUUUGCAGAAACUGUUCUGCAAACUUUCAUCUGGGAACACCUGGUGCCUUGGUCUGCCUUGAAUGUUCAAGAUAAGUCAGUAACAAGUGGCCAACUGAACUCCAACACCAUUAUUCAGUUAAGAUUAAUUUCUAACAGAGCUGUAGCAUCUAAAUGCCAGAUUACUCUCAUCAUAAAUAUUUGUAGCUGUAAACACUCAGAAGUAUCAUUUUAAUAUAAUUUUAGUUAACAGUACACUCCCUCUCAA